UCAGUGGAGUAUUGAACGUCGGCCCGCGUCUCCCAGGCGGCGACCCCGACCGACGUCGGCGGCGAGCGCGAGCGUUGCAGUCGCAGGCUGGCCUUCCGUCCACCCUGUCUCGUCGGCUCGGCUCGCGCCCCAGUGCACUCUUCGCGUCCUCCUCCGUUCGCCUCCCGGUGUUCGUCGUCGAGCGCCGUCAUUUCCGCCACAGCCGAGACAUGUCGACCCUCCGCCAGCUCCUCGUCACUCUUCUUCUCCUUCCGCUCGCCGCAGCCACCGACACCGCCACCACCUCCACCCAAGAGAGACUCGGCCAGAAAGAAGAGAAAAUCGCACUAAACUGGCUGUUGAAUCAAAGAUUGAAAGACUACAGUUGGGGCAAUGGAGAAGAUACUGCAUUGACUCUACUAACACUCGAACUGACACGCACAGGUGACCCAGCACAGCGACAACUAACAGCCAAACAGCUUGAAAUUGAUUUGAUUCUGCACCUCUGGCGACACCACGAUGUUACUGCCACUCAUCUGGCCAAAGAACGGACCUUGACUCCUGGAAAAAUCGCCCUCUACUCUUUAGCCUUAUCAGCAACAUGCAACGAUCCACGACAAUUUCAUGGACACGAUUUAAUAGGAUCUUUGUUGCAUCAUGAAGCAGAGUCUGAUGUGGAUUUUUCACUUAGUGUCCUUGCGAUUUGUAAUGCUGGAGCACACAUCAGAAAACGGAAUUUGAGAAGAUUGCUCAAUAUUGCCAACUCAAAACACACUGUCGAGACACUGAGCAGUGUAGUCAUGGCUCUGCAGUGUAUAGUGGAGGAUCAUCGGAACAGGAAUCUUGAACACUAUACCAACAAACCACUCCUAACCUUAGCAAGACUUCAACAGGCUGAUGGAAGUUUUGGUAGUCUUCAUGGGACAGCUCUCGCUGCACAAGCUCUCCAGGAUGAAAACGAACUUUGGAAUAGAUCAAGUGCCAUAUCCUGGCUUGUGAACCACCAGAAUCCUGAUGGUGGAUUUUUUGAUGUACCAACCACUGCAGAAGUGAUUUUAGCCCUAGCUGACAAAGGCCUUGGCUCCGUUAGGGAAAUUGAAUGUGACAGCACGAUCAGAGGCUAUGAAUCAGACUCCUCUCUGAACAUACCAAACCUGUCCGUCACAACAGAGGAGACUAUUCACGCUGUGACAGAAAAUGAAAGUAAAAACAAGACAGACACCUCCAGAAAAAGCAAAGACAUCAGUACGAAGAAAGAGAAACCAGACAAAGCAAGAAAUUCAAAAAAUUCUGGGUCAAAAGAAAAAGAGGCUCUCAAAACGAAAUCUAUGAAAGAGUCUGCAAGUUUGUCAAGCAAAGAAACUGUGAAAGAUGUUCUAUUAGAGUACGCUACGCAGGCACCCGCAGUAGAUGUCACUGUGACGUACACACUCUGGAUUGGAAGUAACAUCACUGACAAUCAGAGUAUAUCGAUAACAACCCAGCAUAAUUCGACAUUUUAUAAUGUGAUGCAACUUGCCGCCGAAAAAGACAGCCAACACUAUAGUUUCUCAGCAACAGAGUGGCCUAAUGGACAUUAUGUUCACACUUUGGCUGGCUGGAAGGAGGAACCAAUGAGUUAUCAUUACUGGUUAUUGUAUCAGCUGACUAGUCUACCAGAUCCCAACAAUCCACCAGGGAAUCAACUUGUAGCACCCACAGGCGUUGAUGAUCUAAUUGUUCAAGAUGGACAACAUUACCUCUUCUGGUACAAAAAACUAUGAAUCACAACUGUGCUCAUUCUAAUGUUGCCGAAGAAUAAUGAAUAAUGCGCCUACAUACACACCAUUGUCAACAUGAAAUCAACUUCACAAUCAGCGCAAUUCGUUUUUUUUUUUUUUUUUUUUUUUUUUUUUUUUUUUUUAAUUUCAUUGUCAACGAUUAUUUUUUUCUCCAUCUUUAUUAAUUUGCCUUGGAAGAUUGUAACUUUCCUGUCUCUCACAAACAUACUUAAGCUAAUGAAUGUAGAUCAGGAUUGGAACUUAUUACUACUUUUUCCCCUCAGUCACUUCAAACUGGAAACCAGCCAGCAGGAAAUUGAAAAAACCCAUUCAACAGCAAGCUGGUUAUAAAUAUAUAUCUGCUUGAAAAAUUGCGUGCUUGAUCAUUGAUUUCGCUGACUGAAGUAGUCCUAAGAUGUUAGAUGAAAGACUGUUUGUUCUCACACCAAAAUAGAUGCAACAUGCCAUGAGAGGGACAAAAUUUUUCUCUAAAAUAAGAUACUUUAUGCUAUUGGCUCUCUCGAGAGAUUCUGUCCUCAUUCCUUCUGAAUUCUCCGGAGAGAAUGUAGUAGGAUAAAAGAUCCAUUCAAAAGUUCAACUUCAUGUUUUUUCUUUCCUUUGUAGAUUCUACUUUUAAAAAACUGAGAGGUUGAUGUCAUUGAUGAAUUUUAAAACGAUUUAUUUUUUGAACUAGCAGUUUUUGCCCUGCUAGGGGAACAUGUUUGAUUCAUUAAUGGAUUAUUUAGUGGAGAGGACAAAAAAUCAAGCUCUGCUCUCUGUACUCCUUGGAGAUUUUCUUUUGUUUCAUUCCAUCAACUUUCGGAAAGCAUUUUUUUUUAUUGCGGGCAGGUAAUAGGUUAAAUACAAGUCUAUGAAGACAUUCCCUUGAUUAGAAGUGGACAGGCAAGCAGGAAUACCAGGAAAAAUCAUGGUUGGUCCAUCAAUAUUGUGGACGAUUUUGAACUGGUUUCCUUCCUUUACACAACAGUAAAACAACUGAAAUGGGUCUGUCAAAGUGCUGGUAGGUCGGUAUUUCCGAUUGCUUCUCUGUUUCAAUUCGCCCUUGUUUUUAAACAUCUUUUGAAUGAUUUAAAUAGAAUUGACAACACAAAGUGUUUGCAGCUGGAGAGAAAAAUCCUACUCAAUUAAGUCAGAUCAGCUAUUCAAUCAAAUAUCCAGUCAAAUUAGGUUUAAGGCCUAGAAAAAAUUUAAGGGUAGUGGCCUGUCUGUGCAUCAUUCAGCUGCUUUGACUUUACCGAGUGUAAACAAUUUCCUAUUCUUCAGUAAUUGUGACCUAAUUAAUUCUAAUCAGAGUUCAUCUUCUGAGAUUUGAACCAUAAAAUAAGGUAAGAUUUGCUAGGGUUUAAUGGUUUUCUGCCUGGCUCUUAAUAGAAUACCUCUUUCUCUGAUUGCAUCAUAGGAUACAGAUGUCGAAACGGGCAUUGCUACCAUAAUUUCUCUUUAAAUCAACUUAGUUCUAUUCAAGAAGAGUAAAUGGUUCACAUUUUAGCUCUCUUUAACCUCUUGCGCAGGUACAUAUAUUGUAACGAGGUAUCUAAGAUUUUUUGAUUUGUCUACAAAUUUACUUCAUUGACAAUCAUCAACUCUCAGUAAGCACUUUGUUUUAAGCUUCCAUCAUCACUAUUGUUUAAAGCAAGCCAGAUUUCGGUGCACAAGAAUUAAAAAAAAAAAUUCCCCCAGAAUUGAAUGACUCACCCCCCCCCCCCCCCCACACUAAUGUUACCAAGCAAGAAGCAAUACAAAAGUCAACCUUACAGUACCCACGUAACAAGACCUUUAAAGUUUUAAUUUUAUAAGUACUAUAACCGAUUAACCAGAGGUUCAGUCACUAAUAUGUUUUUGCCCAUUUUUAAAAAGAUUUUAUUCCUCAAAGGUGCUUUUUCUCUGGAUACAAAAGGCUAAUGUGCAAGUUGCAAACUAUUUCAUUAUCAUUUUCUCUUUCAUCAGUUUUAAAAUCUUUUUGAAAUUUUAGAUCAGAUUAAUACUCUUUUUCCCUGCUACUUCCCUUUUACUUUUUCAUUUCAUUGUUCGUUUUUUUCAUUAUUUACAUUUUCUUUUUUUUUUUAAAUUUAAUUUGGCACCUAAUACCUAAUAAGUAUUAUUAUAAAUAUUUUUCUAUAACCAAUCUGUGAAACUUUGAUUGUGUUGCUCCAAGUAUGACAUGACACCUAGCAUGUCUUCAGAAACUCGGUGUAAUACAUUGGAAUGAGGUGAAUUUCCUGUUCUAAAUUUUUCUCGUUUUAGUCAAAAUUGAGGGGAGAAAAUUAUUCUAGCGUAGUUGCAAGUAUUGAAAUCAUUUUGAAUGUAGCAACAGGUACAUUUUAUUUUGUAUUCUUGUCGACUGUGUGGUUGAUGUCCAGAUGUCUAUGAUACAUCCAGAAAGUUUCUGUUUGGAAAAGAAGAGAGUUUGUAAGAGCAUUGAGCGGUAGCUGCAAAGGUCAUUUUCAAAGUUUGUAAACUUAAAGUUUCCCGGUUUUGGUGUUAAAUCCAAGUUUUACAAUACCAAUUAUGUUUAGAAAUUAAUUAAUUUCUCUUAUGAUAUAAUAUUGUUAUUUCUUUUUCUUGUUGUUAAAUUAAUUUUAAUGGACUACAGUGAUUUAUACUGGUGUUGUAACUAGUGUUACUUUUGAUGUGAUUUCCAGCAAAGCGGUAGAAAGAAGCUGUCAAACUUGAGUUUCUGUCACUGAAAAUCAAUAAAAUAGAGGCAUUAAAAUACUACUGAGUUGGUAUUCAGACUUUCUCUCAACGUCUUUUAGUUUUUAUUUUUUAAAACCCGAAUACUAUUGUCAUGACCCUUUCUUGACAAUUAUCGAACGUUAAUGAUUUCUGAAUAAAUUUUGAGUGGAACAGGAGAUCAUUGAAACCUGUUCAUACUUGUUUGAGAGCUUUUUUCUUCGCUUCCCUUAGGUUAAGUUAGGUACUGUUAAAAUGCUCUAACACUCAUUAAAGUGCACAAUGGUAGAUUUUUUGUUUUUAAUCCCUCUUUUUUUUCUUAUUUUAGAAAGCUUUAGUCAGACCGAUAACUUCUGUGCUGAUACCUAUCGGAAUAUUUCAUGAAGCUACUUAAUGAUUUGCUCAUGAGAGACCCAAUUUAAACUGGUUUUUUUGUCGCCUUCAAUUCCCAAAUUUUUUGUCGUUUUUAUAUAUAUUUUUCUCUUAUUGUUUCAGGCAUGAGGGUUAAAUUGUAAGAAUAUUUUUUGUAUUUUUUUAGACCAAAUAGCUUUCAAAAUGAAUCGCCCGGAUUGAUUUUAUUUUUUUAUUCAGUUGUUGAAAGAUUUGAAAUAUGCAUUGGUUCUUGGGCUUUUUAUUGAAUAGAAUGACCUUUGUCCGAUUGAUUUUUUCAUCCAGUUACGCAUCUAGCUUUUUUAAUGAAAAAAAAGAUACAAUAUUCACCCACCAGAGCAAAUUUUUAUAACUUCAUUUUGAAAGUACAAGUUCUCUGGCUCUUUUUUCCUCUCCUCAUUCAGUAUCAUUAUUUCAGAGUCUUGUCGUGUUUCAUUUAGAUCGGAGCAAACAAACAAUUGAGUUUCUGAAUAAUGAGGUGUUCAAGAUUUAUUUUACAGCUGUCCCUUGUGGUAUUUAAUAAACCAGAAAGAGCCUGUUCUGUAACUUCUUAAUUUCUUAUUUUGAGAUUUUUGUCUUAUUUUUAUAAUUAAUUGAAAAAUUUAUUAGAGCAGGCCAUUUUUUGUUAUUUUUACCCUUUACGUACCUCUAUUAUUUCAUUCUUGGGAACUCUUUGAUUUCUUCAAACCCAUCAGCAGAUUUGAUAUAAAUCAAGUGUUCAAGUACACUAAUAAUAAGACUAAUUUGGAGGUUGAUGAAACAUGUAACUUUAUGAUUAGGCCUCCACACACAAGUGCAUUUGUACAAGAAGUUUUUUGAAGAUGACAGAAAGCGAGGAUGUCAGGAAAAUUUAGCGUUCAAACCUCAUCGAUUUUAUUUGGUAGUUACCUAAUCAGGAAAAUCUUGAGUUUUUCAUAUAUAAUUAUUUUGCCCAAACAGUUGUAAUAGAAGAAUGUAGAUAGUUUGAAGAAUCUCGUGGAUAGAGUUUGUAGGUUUACACAUGAAGAUAGGAUUGCAAGAAAAAUGUUGGACCAAAAGCGGAGUUUUUUUAUCAUUCACUACCAAACAUAUUGCCGAUCAAAGAUUAGUAGAGAGUGAAUGAAAUAUUUUGUGAUAUUUAAUUUACCCAUUGUAGCUUUGAAUGGAAGCUCUAAUAUGUCUCUGAUAGAGAACAUUUUGAUAAUGUUUCUCUGAUUUCUAUUCCCAAUAAAUUAAUUUUCAAGAAAACAUUAUUUUACACCAAGGGCAAUGCUUUCAGCAAUUACUGUAUACAGAGUCCAUCUGAUGUAAAACCGUUGCUCUAAAUGAAGAGCUGCAAUUUACGUCACAGAAUUUUGCAUUUUAGUGACCAGUUUUGACUCAAAAACUUCCUCCAAGGGGAAUGCUAAGACCAGCUGCUGCAAAAUGAAUUUGAUGUUACAACUAGAUUAUGCAUGCUUAGUCGGUCUAAAUUUUAAAAUUGAGAAGAUCCUUCCUGCUAAUGACUGUUAUCAAAUAAUUAAAGUAAUUUCUAAUUUUUUUUUGCUUUCACAAUGCCUAUUGUAGUUAAUGUUAUUGAAUUAACAGUCAUGAGUUGGAGAGGCUUUAACUCAGAUUUUUAUUCGAUUCAUUGUUUGAUUGUGAGUCUAAAAUAUUCUGUGAUAUAAAAUUUAUUCAUUGUAGAUAUAAACUCAAAUUUUAUUAGGCCAGUAAUGGAACACGCUUGAAUUAUGCUUGAACUUUUGUGAGUAAUUUUAGAUAGCUGACCGUCAUCGCUCGCAAUUAUUUUUUAUUUUUAUAUCAACAGAAUGGUUUUGAUAAAUUCCUUCAGCCUCCUUGCGAUGUUGUGGCCCUAAAAGUAAAAUGUGUUUGAGGCAUUUAAAUGAAAACGAUUCACUCUGUGUUCCAGAAAAAUUGUACCAACAUUGUAAAUCAUUUUUCUUUUUCUCACCAUGAAAUGUACAUUUGCUUUUGAAUUCCGGAAUAAUAUGUAUGGUUUUUAAGAAUAUUGAAGCCUAUACUUAAUGUGUAUAGAUGAUUUUCUCUUUUAAUAAGCUUAAACAAAAUAGAUAAGCAUUUAUGAAACGAUAGCAUUGCCUCUAGCUUUAGAUAUUAAAAAUUACAAAAAUACGAGAAGCCAGUCAUGUUACUAGUACUUCAUGCUAAUGACAAAAGAGAAACGAAAAAGCAGUCCAUGGUGAACUUGGAGGCCACUAUGGUGGCGGCUCACAAUGAAAAUUCUUAGGGGUUUCCCAAUUUUUCUUCUUUUUUUUUUUAAUCAAAAAGAAAAAUUUUAGAUUUAUGAGUCAAUGUAAAGAUAAGAAAGAGUGGAACAGAAAAUCUAUGCUUUGUCAGUAAAAGAGGCUAUUCCACCUUUUUCUUGUAAUCUGUAACCAUUCCGUGGCUCUGACUGGUUGAUACGACAAAAAAAGAGCGAAACCAGUGUCAAUAUCUCAUUAGGAUCCCAGUAAAGCAUUUUCAAUGCACCUAACUAAGCUGAAUGCUCUCUCUCUUAACUCCUUUACUGAUAGGUACCUGGUACUCAUUAGAGGUCUUUAAAACUGAUUCUAAUUUUUUUAAUUUUUCUGGCUCUAAUUUCCUAUUAUAGUAGGAUAGAUACGGCACCACUCUACUAUUCUAUUCUUGCUACAAAAAAAGAGAUGCCAGCCUUUAAGAGACGCUCAGGUUCUGUGCCAUUUCCUUAUCUGUACUCAAAAAUGGAUGGGUUGUUUUCAUUUUUUGGCAUUCAUUGAAAAACAUGGAUCAGGGUAUCGAAUGGGAGCUAAACACUGAUAGAACUGCAGUCAGAGCCUAGGAAUCACGGUGCUAGCAGGCCUAAAAAUCUAAGAAAAGAUCUUCAAAAUACCUGCAAGCAUUUCAGAGAAUGAGUAUGGUACAUUUCUUUUCAAAUCCGAGAAAUUCCUACAUAAGAAUCUUUUCAGAACGGUUCAUUACUCUAAGUUUUCCUUCUGACAGAAAAAAAUGCUAAUAGAACUGAGCAGAAAAAAAAAAUAACUCUACUUAUCAAUUUUUUUUCUUUUUUUUUUUCUAUCUUACUUCAGCCAGAAAUUGACAGACCUUUGUGUUAGUACAGUUACAAAAGUCCUCUGCUUCCCUAUGAUCCCUUAAUUUUGUUUCAGAAUCUUUGAUUUUAUGAAGAAUCGAUCUCAAAGAUGUAAAUUUUUCAGUUGUCAGUGCCUGAGACUGCAGCAUAAAAUGAUUGUAAUAAAUACUGUAUAAGACUUCAUUGACAAUAAUAAUGUAUUGUUUGGCUUCUCAA